AUGCGUGCUCAACGAAAACGGAGGCGGCCCGAGCAUGAACCCUCCAACAUUGAUGAUCGUAAUGUUCGACAGCGUGUAGAUGAGAUACUACCACAGAUAUCAGCAAACCGGAUGGCUGAUGGCUGUGACUCUACGAACAUUCCUUUCGACCCCGUUAUGUUGGAUGAGUCCACGAAGGCACAGAUUAUGGACAACAUCAUUGAUGCAUUUCAACUUCGAAGUAACAAGGAGCAAAUGCAGGCAUUUCUGAUGAUUGCGGAGCAUUUCUUGUUGGGUAAGACAGAACAAUUGCUGAUGUUCCUGAGUGGUAUAGGUGGUUCCGGAAAAUCGCAUGUCAUUCGUGCUGUUGUCGAGCUUUUUAGACGAUGUGGAUGUUCUGAACGCUUGAUGCUUGCUGCACCAACAGGUGCAGCUGCUGUUCUGAUCAAUGGGUACACUAUCCAUUCAUUGACAUUUCUACCUUCUGGUAAAUUCAGAGUGAAUCACACCGAGUUAGAAGGUACAUGGAAAUUGACUCUAUACCUUAUUCUCGAUGAGGUGUCUAUGAUAGGUGCCCAAUUUCUGGCCGAAAUCUCCCAGCGUAUGUCUGCUGCGAAAUCAUGGCAAGAGGGAGCAAACUCGUUACCAUUUGGAGGUAUGAACGUCAUAUUUUCUGGUGAUAUGGGUCAACUACCGCAGCCUAGAGCACUCUCUCUGUAUAGUCAUAAACUCGUCAGUAAACUCCGGCCAAACCUAACGCAUGCAAACGUAGGUCAGCUUGCAAUGCAGGGCAUAUGCCUUUGGCGACAGGUACACACUGUUGUCGAGCUCAAGCAAAACAUUCGUGCAAAGAAGGAUCCCGACUUCAUUGCUCUGCUAAAUCGAAUCCGUGUUGGCUCACCUCGCAAAUUUGCCAAUCAAGAGGGCUUACCUCCCGAUCACGUUGUUCUUUGUUCUCGGAUCUUGUCGACACUGAAAGCCACAGAUCUGCUUUCUGCUCAUCGAUUCCGUGAUGUCCCAAUCAUCGUCGGUCGUAAAACGUUGCGUGAUGCUAUUAAUAUGCAGAAGUGUCGCGCACUCGCUGAUUCGCUCGGCGUUCCAUUCAACUGGUAUUACAGCAAAGACAGGCGAGGCAGGAAACCUUUAAGUUCAGACAUCCAGAAAAUGGUAUGGCAAUUGGAUUCUUCGUCCACUGACGACGCACUGUCUAAGCUGCCACUUGUACCCAAUAUGCCUGUCAUGAUCACGGAAAACAUCUCAAUAGGCGAUGGUAUAGUGAAUGGGACCGAAGGUACACUUGUGUCUGUAAAGUUCUCAACGGAUGCACGAGGGAGACGAUUUGCUGAAUGUGUGUACGUCAAAAUCAUAGGUACUGACAUACGCUUUCAUGACCUUGACGCCGGAAUUGUUCCUGUGUUUGCAACCUCUUCUUCAUUCACUUAUCAGCCCCCCCAUGGAGAAAAAUACUCUGUGUCUAGAACGCAACUUCCCAUACUACCUGCAUGGUGCAUGAUAGAUUAUAAAGCUCAAGGGCGUACUAUGUCGUGUGUGGUAGUCGACCUUACUACAGCAACAUCAUUGCAAAAUGUGUAUGUCAUGCUUUCAAGGGCUACAUCAUUAGAUAAUUUAGCAAUCUUACGCACAUUUUCCGCAAGCAAGAUUCAACAACAUGCAGCGCAUGAUUUAAGAAACGAGUUACAUCGAAUUGACAUAGCAGCAGACAAAUCGUCAACAGACUUCGCACGCACACACAUGACAGAAUCCGGCCUAGAGAAUGUGUGCGCGUAG